AUGGAACAGCAUCCGACUGCGUUGCGAAUCGGCUCAGCACUGUCCUAUGCUCUUUGCUCUAUUUUCAUUGUUUUCGUGAAUAAAAUAUUGCUUACAAAUUACAGAUUUCCGUCUUUUUUAUGUGCAGCGAUCGGGCAAAUGCUUGCAACUGUUAUAAUUAUUUUUUUCGCUUCAUGUUUUCACAUAAUUACUCUGCCACCAUUCACUUUAGUGGUAAUUCGCAAGAUUUUUCCUUUGCCAUUAUUUUAUGGAGGAAAUUUAAUAUCAGGACUUGGAGGAACACAAAAGAUAAAGCAAAGAAAGGUGAAUAAAAACAUUUUUAUAGUUAUUUUGUUGUUUCUCAUUUUUUUCAUUUUCAGUCUUCCUAUGUUCACUGUUUUGCGGCGAUUUUCGAUACUUAUGACGAUGAUUAUGGAAUAUUUAAUUCUCGGGACGAAGGCUUCGUUUGCUGUACGAGUAUCUGUUGCUAUGAUGAUGCUUGGAUCAGUUGUCGCUGCAUUAUAUGAUUUAACAUUCGACGUUUAUGGUUAUUCUCUUAUAAUGUUCAAUGAUUUAUGCACAGCUGCUAAUGGUGUAUAUAUGAAGCGAAAAUUGGAAGCAAAAGAACUUGGUAAAUAUGGUCUUUUAUUCCAUAAUUCAUUAUUGAUGAUUGUGCCAUCAAUUUUGAUUGCAUUUUUUGCCGAUGAUUUUCAAAAGGUGCGAGACUUUGUUGCUGCCGGUCAUUUUACGUUUUCGGUUGCUAUUUGCUUUAUAUUAUCUUGUGUUUGUGGUUUCGCUCUAAAUUAUUCCACUGUUAUUUGCACGCAUUACAACAGUGCCCUCACUACUGCAUGUGUUGGGCCAAUCAAGAAUCUUUUUGUCACGUAUGUUGGUAUGUUUUCCUCUGGCGAUUAUAUUUUUGCUUGGAACAAUUUUCUUGGAAUCAAUAUUAGUGUAGUCGGAAGCAUUUUAUAUGCUUACGUUACGUUUCGUAUAAAAACUAUUUCAAAACAACGUUUUGUAUCGGCAUCAGCUCAAAGUUCCGAUUUCGAACCAUUAGUUUCGAAAGAAAUUGAUCAAGCUGAAUUAAAUACUAGCAAUUAA